AUGACGAAAUCUAGUGAUGAGAAGAAAGCAUCGAGUCAGUUGAAUGAAACUGAGCAAAAUUUCCUGCGUGCAGCUCGCGCUGGUGACUUGACAAAAGUUGUGGAACUUUUGAAUGCCGGCGUACAUAUCAAUUUGUCCAAUGCUAUUGGACUUACUGCACUUCAUUUAGCCUCUAAAGAGGGUUAUGUUCGCGUUGUGGAUGAGUUGCUACGACGUGGAGCAGAUUUCGAUGCCCCUACAAAGAAAGGGAAUACUGCACUUCACAUUGCCAGUCUAGCCGGUCAUUUCGAAGUCGUCAAAUUACUUUUGGAUGCUGGUGCUAACUUGAAUCGUCAAUCAGUUAUUGGAUUUACUCCAUUAUAUAUGGCAGCUCAAGAAAACCAUCUUGAUGUUGUUGAUCUUCUGCUCCAACGGGGUGCAAAUCAAGCGCUGACUACUGAGGACGGUUUCACUCCUCUAGCAGUAGCUUUACAACAAGGUCAUGAUCGUGUUGUAGCACAUCUCCUUGAAAGAGAUUCACGCAGUCGUGGUGGUAUGCCUGCUCUGCAUAUUGCAGCCCGAAAAGAUGAUGCAAAUGCAGUCAGUCUCCUAUUGAGUAAUGCAGACGUCAAUGUCAAUCAUCAGUCUCAACCUGGAUUCACUCCUCUGCAUAUCGCUGCACAUUAUGGUAAUGUGACUGUGGCACGCUUAUUGAUUGAACGUGGAGCAGAUGUGAAUUUCCAAGCUAAGAAUAAUAUCACACCACUACAUGUAGCUUCAAAAUGGGGUCGUGAUGGAAUGGUUCAGUUAUUGUUGAACGCAAAUGCUCUGGUUGACUGUCGUACACGCGAUGGUCUAACACCUCUGCAUUGUGCUGCAAGGUCGGGUCAUGCAGAGUUGGCUUCAAUAUUAAUGGGUGCAGGUGCAAAUCCUUCAGCUAAAACAAGGAAUGGAUUAACACCUUUGCAUAUGGCUGCUCAAGGCAACAAUGAAGAAGUGGCGCGUGUACUCAUCCUCCGUGGAGCGAGCGUAGCCGACAGGACUGGAGAUUCGUUGACUCCGCUUCAUGUAGCUGCUCAUUGCGGAAAUGCAGAAGUUGCUCGUGUUCUACUAAGCAAUGGAUGUGAUGUGAAUGCAAGAGCUUUAAAUGGUUUCACUCCGCUGCAUAUUGCUUGUAAAAAACAGAAAAUCCGAGUAAUAGAACUGCUUCUUCAAUAUAAUGCACAAAUCAGUGUGACAACAGAAUCUGGUUUGUCGGCGUUACAUGUGGCAGCAUUUAUCGGUGGUCCAGAAAUUGUUCAAUUAUUAAUAGAAAAGGGUGCAAAUGUUAAUCAGGCCACAAUGCGAUGUGAAACAGCCUUACACUUGGCUGUUCGUAAUCGACAAGUUGAUGUUGCUAGAACACUAAUUUAUCAUGGAGCGUCUGUAAAUGCAAAGGCUAGAUUACAGUCCUCAAAACUUACACAGAAGAUUAAAACAUGCCUUUCUACUGUAUUCGUUGGUGACUAUAUAUAA